GAGAGACGGGGUAAAGCAGGCAGGAUAACGAGAGUGGGAGCGAGCGAGUGAGUGUGAGCCAGAGGGUCUGUGAGGGAAGGGGAGAGGCUGGCUGGCAGGCAGGCAGGCAGGCAGCCGGGUGGUGUGAAAUCCGUCAGCAGGGCCGCUCCGCUCCGCUCGUGUGGUGUUUUCGCUGACGUCUUGGCUCGCAGCCCAACUUGGCUUUUUUGUAGUCGAGGCAUGAUCGCAGAGUCCACGCAGUUCCCCCUGCCCCUGCCUCGUCGGCUGCCUUGUCUUUGCCUUUGGACGGAUCCCAGCCCAGCAUAAGCCACUGACAUGCAGAAACCCACCCACACAGAGCUGCUGAAGGUGAAGGACGAGGAGCUGGACAAGAAGAUUGAGGCGCUAAGGAGGAAAAAUGAGAUGCUCAUGAAGAGAUACCAGGAAGUGGAAGAAGAUAAGAAAAAAGCAGAGAAAGAGGGGAUGGCGCUGUCAGAAGACCAGAGUGGUGUCUGCAUCACCAUCAACAAGGGCAUCAGUGACCUGCGACUGGGUAUGAAGAGCCCUGGGUCUGGUGGAGGCAGCCCCCAGGAGAGGAGCCCCAAAGACGGGGGCGAGACAGCCGACGGCGGGGGCCACCACUUUGGCAUGGGCCGGGGCAAGAGACGCCAGCUUUUUGUCACCAUGGUGGGCAACAACAAGGGUACCAGAGUGGUGAGUGAGGGUUCGGAGCCCCAUAGGCCUGGUGGUGGUGGGAGGAAGAUCGCUCCUGAGGAUGAGGACGGGGAAUACACAGAGUUCCACAAAAAAGGAAAGCCCGGACAUUCCCGCAAGAGGAACUCUCAGACACAAGAGGAUAGAGGGAGACAUGACAGGAGGGCUGCAGGAGAUGCUCACUGGCAGGCGGAGUGUGACCUCUAUUACCAGGAGCCCCAGCCAGAGGCUGACCUGACCAUCCCCACGUCCCCCGAGGAACAGCAGGAGUACCUGCGCUGGAAAGCGGAGCGUGAGCAGAUCGACCGGGAGCGGGUGGCGCGUCACAAGAACUCCCAGGGCCAGUGGAGGAGAGCCUGGGACAUGGACAAGCCACAGCUUGCUUUUGCAGAUAAAUCCCAAGGGAGAUCAGAGUGGCAACACGCUCCGGGAGAAUCCAAAAGCGCCAAAAAAUCUCACUCAAAAUCAGCCAGCGAGUCUCAAGGUCAUCAUGGCAGGGGUCGAGAGAGGAAGGGGAAGAAGAACGUGCCAAAAGUAGUGGGCAGCAGGGCCAAAGGGACUGACCGGCUCACUGGAAGAGCUCGAAGAUGGGAUGAAAAGGAUAAGGAUGGAAACAAACAGGAAUCAGAAGCAAGCCUAGAGGAGUUCCUCGAGGAGCUAGAUGCUCUCUGUGAACCCAACGACCUCUCCGCAGAUUCGGAGAUGUGUAAGAACUCAGACAUGAUAGCGCCCGGUGCUGGCAACAGCGGCACCGAGACGGGAUCCAUAACUCUGGAAAAGAAAUGCGCCCCAUCACCAGCUGCCGAUGAAGUCACAGAGGAGCAGCGGAGUGUGCAGAACAUCACACCCCUCCCCAAAGCAACACCAGAGAAGAAGGUGCGAUUCUCCGAGGAGCUCGUCCAAGGUGCCACCUCCCACAUCCUGAAGAAUGCCAGUGCUGUCGCCGUGGAGACCAAGGGGAGCUCGUUGAAAGCAGUCCCCGUGAAGGUGAAGGUGAAAACAGGCGUGGGGGUUGGAGCCGAGGGGCGGAACGACAGCACGGGGGAAAAAACACCGCAGCAGACGGAGGACCAGGACAACCACGACACCAUCGCCACACACACAAAGGACUGUCACCAUGCUGCUGUUUCAUCACAGCAUGAAGAAGAGGAAAAGAAGCCAGACGAAAAGAAGGACGAGAAAGUGACUGACAAUGAGGAGAGUGAAAAAAAGACACAAAAAACGCAAGAAAAUGCAAAGCAACCAGAGGGAGAAGCAGAGAAGCUCUCCACAGCCUCACACACAGAAGAGACUGGAGGGAGAGUCCCCACCAUAGAUAAAGACAAAGAAGCCCCCACACCGCAAGAGCAGUCCCAUGCCUCACAGGUGGACACUAUUGCACAGGCUGCAAACGCAAACACAAACACACCAGCCGGCAACACAAAGUCACCAGUCCAGCAGGCCCCCAACACACAGGCACUGAACACACAACCUGUGGAGGCACAGAACCCAAUCACACCGACUGCAAACACACAACCUGUGGAUACUCCAAACACAGAGGCCGCAAACACACAGCCUGUGGAUAUUCUAAACAUACCGGCGCCAAACACACCGGUUCCAACCACACAGCCUGUGGACACACAAGACCCAAACAUGCCGGUUCCGAACACACAACCUGUGGACACACAGGAACCGAACGUAUCGGUACUGAACACACAACCUGUGGAUACUCCAAACACACUGGUUCCCAACACACAACCUGUGGAUACACAAGAGCCAAACAGACCGGCUCCGAACACUCAACCUGUGGAUACACAGGAGCCAAACAUACCGGUUCCGAAAACACAGCCUAUGGAUACUCCAAACACAGAGGCCGCAAACACGCACGCCCCAGCUCAUCAAGGCCCAGAGCACACCAAGACAAGCACAAGCAGGGCCACAGAGGAGCUGCUUGACUCCAGCCUGUCUGUGUUGAACCGGGAGACAUGCGACACGCAUCCACACCAUCUCACCAGCACAGAGAAGGCAAGAGAAGAUGGAAAAGUGGUUUAAGAGAUGCAUAUCCCACUUCGGCGUGUGAAUUUAUUAUACAAACUGAAACCAAAAAAGAAUGCCUUUCUUUCCGAAAUAUUGAUUCCUAACUGUGUUAGAGAAAUGUCAAAUGCUCACGUAAUGCUUAAAACGUCUCAGUAGCACUAUGAAUGUGUUUAUUUUUAGAAGAGUUUGUCCGCGUGACGAUUUCUAGAAGAGACCAGAUCACUGGAUCAUGAAGGCUAUAAAUGUUUGCUCAAAGGUAAACAAAACGUUAGAUUGUAACAAAUGAUGGAAACACAUUUUUUUAGGUAUCUUUGCUUAAAGAUAUGUUGUAUACAAGCACUUUAUUUCUCUCAAAUUAAUAAAAUCCCUCAGAGGGUUUGUGGUUUAAUACAACGAAAAACUCUUGAUACACAGUAGCUGGUCAUCUGAUCAUAAGGAGUAACCCCAGCUCCAUGCUCUCCAUUAUUCUAAGAAGUGCAUGGUAUUGGUGAUUUUAUAGACUGUGUCCAUUCAUGCCUUAAUGGUACUAUAGGAGUGUGUGCGAGGUAGGUAUUAUGCCAGCAAGACAGUAUUUAAGACUUAAACAUACAUAUGUUUGCACUGAAGAAAUAAGCUAUUAACUUUUAAUGAUAGUCACUCAAUGUUUACAGAUGGCCUUGAAAAGUUAGACGUGGGCUCCCUUAGAUUGACUUCAACCUGGGAUUUGUACCAUGUCAUCAUGAGUAUUAUUUAAUGUAAAGUCAAAGUGAAAAGACAAAAAAAAACAGAUUUGUUUAUUUUGUUUGGAAUAGAAAAAGGCAAUCUAGUGGACGUCUAACAUCUGUUGUUGUUGUCACUAUUAUCAUAAACACUGUUCAGUUCAGACACACGUGCGAAACUAAUACAGACUUGGAAGUUGCUGUACCUGGACAUUUGCUUCAGUCAUAUUGUUACACCAUCCAAACAGGGGUGGAUUUCUCGAAAUGAAAGUUGCUUACUACAUUAGCUACUUUGUUGUUUUCAAUGCAUUUUCCCAUUGGCAACUACCGAAGUCGCUAACAGGCUAACAACUUCUUUUUUGAGAAAUGCACCCCUGGUUUGGGAUUAACAGGCUAUGGCUUAUUAUGUCUAUGUUGAAUAAUACUUUGAAACUUAAAGCAAAACAAGUGGUAGUCAAAAAAGACAUUGUGGUUGACCAUCAAAAAGCUUUAAUAAAAUUCCUCAUCCAUUUG